AAAGCCUUUCGGGUUGAGGAAUUAGCGUUUUCAGCUAAUGACAUCAAUUUCUCUUUAACCUCUGUCAGUUGCACAACUGGUGUACCAUCUCUCCAAAUUUGUGCAUCAGUUUUAUUUCUUUAUCUGGGUUUUGUUUUUGGCUCCAAUUCUAAUAGCUUGGUUUUCGAGAUUUUAACCCAAAUUUAGACAACUGUAUUGCACGAUGAUAUUGAAAAAACCCAAUUACCAUCUAAUCAACAGCUAUUCCGUCCACUCAAGUUUUUAGUUGCUUUAUUUCCACCAAAGUAACAAAGCAGCAUAAUUUCAGAGGUAAUUUAAUUGAAGACAUGAAGCAUCGUCAGACCAUGCAGUCUAGAGGAGCAUGGCUGCAGACUGCAACAUCGGCUGGAACUUUCAUUCUUGGAGUACCACUAUGGAUGUGGACCAUGAUCUCGAGCUUGACAUUUGUUCCCAUUGCAUGCGCCUUAGCUAUGGCAGUUGUCACAUGGUGCACAGUGUUUUUGGACCGCUGCAUCCCUGGCGUCUCUCCUCCCUCAUCUCUCCCAGUUGAAAAACAUUGGGCCCUAACACCAUCAACAUUUCACCUGGGUCAUGCCAUUGCAGUUGUCAAUGGAUUUCUGCUCACACUUUUAUUUUAUUUUGGAGGAAGUGACUCCCCUUCUGUGUAGUCUUUUCAUUUUUAAUUUCAACUUUUGCUAACUUUGAUUUUAUUCGUUUGUUUGCGUGAUAUUUAUUCUUGAUGUUAAUUCAUAUAGUGUAAUGCCUGUUACCAAAGAGAGACCUGUUGUUACUUUGAGAGGACAAAAUAAAUAAAACAUUUUAACAGUUUA